AUGGCCAUCCUUGCAUUGGCCAUUGCAUGUAUUAUUUCCUCAACAUCAGCCUUACGACUUGGAGAACAAUGUGACGCUACUCCGCUUUACACAGCAACAUGGCAAUACGACGACUCUUGUGAAAACAUUUAUCUAUUUUGCGAUCCAGCAACAAACACUUGCAAUUAUCGAGGAUGUACAAACAGUGAUUAUCUCCAAGGAUGGGAUACAGCUGUUCAUCCCUUCCCACAGCGGUGUAGGGGCGACACCUACUGCCCUGAUGAUAAUUCAGCAUGCAAACCAAAGCUCCAACCUGGUGAAAAAUGCCAAUUGCAACGAGAUGACGAGUGUGCAGGCACCAAUCCCAUUUGUUUGAAUGCCACAUGCUAUAUCAAGGCUGCACCACUUGGUGGUGCCUGUGGCGCUGAUACGACCAUGUAUGUAACCUAUGACCGAGACGACUACGCCAUCCGACAAAUCAUUAUCCGUGACAACUGUACCGAUGGCACCUAUUGCAUGAAUGAAAAAUGUAUCGAAUCCAAAGAAAAUGGAGCCACAUGUGAGCAAGAUCGUGAAUGCCUUUCCGCUUAUUGCAAUACGGAUGGACUUUGUGUCAAUGGCCCCGAUGUUUUCCAUACGAUUCCCAACUGGCUGUGGGCGGUUGUUGGUGUGGCUAUUGUUGUCUUUGUGCUCAUCAUUUUGGUCUUGCUGUGGUUCUUGCACCGAUAUCAAUCCCGCAAAGAGCAUGCCAAGAUUACAAAGUUUUUCGGCGACAAUGAAGAGUUUGCCAAAUAUGCCAUGCUCGAAAAUGAUGAUAUGCCAUUGGUAGGUGGCGGUCAACCUGCUGGCAUGGAUAGUCGUACGAGCGUUGUCUACUUGGCUACUCCGGAUUAUAAUCAUUCAGCUGCCUUAUCCACUCAUGCAGGCCGCAAGAGCUUCCGUAACUCAUCCACAUCCCGUUUCCUCGAUUCGAAUGUAUCUUUACCAGCAGCAGGCCGUGAUUCAGGAUCACUUCCACCUUCACGCUCACAAACUCCUGAUCGUGCACGUACCCCUGAUAAUCAUUUUUAA